AUGAUCACGUCUGGCGGUGCUCCUCUGCCUGCGAAUCUCAUCACUGAGCUAUAUGAGCGACGGAAACUUGCCGUUCGACAAGCCUACGGACUUUCGGAAACAACUUCAGUAACACAUAUUCAGCGCUGGGAAGACUGGAAAAACGGCAUUGGUUCAAACGGACAACCACUUCCGGGGGUAGAAGCAAAAUUUGUUAUUAGUGAUACACAAACAGCUUCUGUAGGGGAGGAAGGCGAGCUUUGGAUACGGGGCCCUGUUGUUUUCAACGGCUACCGUGGAGAGCCCGAAUUAACUGCAGGAUGUAUGACAACGGACGGAUGGUUCAAAACUGGUGACAUUGGACACGAAGAUAAACAUGGUAACAUGUUCAUCACGGACCGCUCCAAAGAUUUGAUCAAGUUCAAGGGAUAUCAAGUACCCCCCGCAGAGCUCGAAGACCUUAUAAUCAAACACGAAAAUGUGGAAGACGUUGCAGUUAUUGGAAUCAUGAACGAAAGUCUUGCAAGCGAGGUUCCGUUGGCCUACAUUGUGGUCAAGCCGGUUAUACCAGAGGACGAAGCCACCGCAAAGCUUAUCCUCGACCACGUCAAGGUUCAGACACUGAACUAUAAACAUCUCCGAGGAGGAAUUAUUUUUACGAGAGAAAUUCCUAAAGGACCAUCUGGCAAGAUUCUAAAGCGAGUCCUUCGCCAGCAAGCGGCAGCCGCUGGGGUACGUCGAAUUGGGGCCAUCGAGUAUGAGAAAUACCCGAGGGGAUCGAAAUUAUAA